GUACAUAUUAUUUGUCGAAUAAAAUAUAAGCAUAUAUUUAUUAUUUCGUUCAAAAUAUGAGAGACGCUCAAGUAGAUGUAUUCGGGACCAAACCUCCCAACUGAUCACAAAUUUCCCAAGAGGGAUCUUGAUUCUCCGCUGAAAUCAGCAAAAUAGAGCACAUCCCACCUAAAGGCUCCAACAUAAUGCCCUCAAAAGCGAUAAAUUAUCACGAAACAUCGGAUACGAAUGGUCAGGAGGGAAAUACUCAAAACUGUAUUGGUCCUUUCUUAGAAUUUUUCAGCUCCAGCUAUGAACACAAAAGUAUCAAAAGAAACACACCUGCUGAUGGGAGCUCCAAAAAUACUGACAAGUAUCAGAAUCCUUACCAGUGAAGGAUCGGACAGGCAUAUUCAGAGAAAUAAUGAAUUUAAUUACAGAGAUAGCAUGACUGAUGGAGCCAGUUCCUCUGAAAAUAGCUUUAAAGUUACAGUUGAAAUUGAUAAGGAUAAAGUUCAUUUUCGUAAUUCUCCCUCAAGUAACAACCAUUAUUACAUCUUGCAUGACCUCAUGAAUUCUACGAAGGAAACACAGGAGCGUGAUAGAGCUGGCAACUUUCAGAGAUCUCCUACAAAGACAUUCAAUAAGAGUAAGAAGUAUCGAAACGGAAGGUUUACUAUAAAAUAAAAUUCCUCUUGAAAGACCACCAAGAUUAGACUAUCCAGAUAAUUUAUCCUCAAAUACCAAUCAAAAAGAGAACAAAAUGCUAUUUAGAAAAUAAUGAAGAGGAGAAGAUAGGCCCUAACCAUCAGUAUAAUAAUCUUAGAAGAAUUGAUGACAAGAGUGAAGAGGCUAGCGAUCAAAUCGACCCUUUUGCAUACAAAGAAGGUGAAAACACCUAUUCAGAUGAUUCCUUCUUCAAGAAGGCAGUUCCAACAAAUGGGUAUCAUAUGAAAUCCACUGGAAGAAUGCAUAGGAAACUAAACAAGAUGGCUUCAAACCAUGUCAAACAUACAAAAUUGAAGAAGAGCCACCACAGUGAGUCAUACUCCACAAAAUACAAGCUAAUGCAAGGGAUGAGUCAAUCUAAUGGUGAAGACUCUACCAAAAAUCUUGACAUCAUCAAGCUCAAGCCUACAUUAGACCCCUUGUUCUCUGGCAAGAAGGAUUCUACAAGGAACAUGAACAUUAUUCAUGAAGAGGAAUAUCAAAGAGAGCCCCAAAGAAACCCUCAAAACUAUUGAGGCAAUAACUUGAUGAAAAAUGUGUACAAAGAAAAAACCACUAACCAGAUAAUUCAGGAAAUCCAAGAGCUUAACAAAAAGUCUAAAAACGAGUCACUCCAAAGUAGAAGAAUGGACUCAAAUCAGUACCCUAAUUAUGAGGGAGACCUAGAAUCUCCUUCUAUUCGAGAAGAGGAGGGUUCAGAGAUCCGAACAGACAAAAGCGAGUGAGAUGAAACAUCAGUCGUUAUGAAGGGACGCUUCAAGUAUAUCUCGAAGAUGUGUAAGAACAUUCAUUCCGAUCCUGAAGAAAUUAAAAAGCUUGAUGAUGAAACUAUUGAUGCAGACAAUUAUACUCAAGUUAAUAAUUUCGAACAAAACUAUGAUAAGCUUCAAGAAAACCCAUCCUUUCCAAGUCUUGACGAUAAAAAUUCAAAUAAAUUCCCUUACGUAAAUGGACUUUCUCGCAAAAGUUUCACAGAAUUUUCCCUGAGUAACAACAGGGAUCAGUUUAGCUACCAACCGAAUAGAAACGAGCUGAGAAGAACGCCUGUAUUCACAAUGGACCCUAACCAAUAUGCAUCAAAGCCUAUUCCCCCACUUUCAUUUGAAAGAGUCAAUAAAUACAAUGAGCUACAGAGUAAGGAAGAGGAGAGAACUCUGGAUGAACCAUUCAAUCUUAGUAGCAAAGAAGUAAAAGGCAGUCCCUGAAACUCGUCCUAUUUUGUUGAUUCUAUGUUAGAGAAAUAACAUUCCUGAGAUUCACAACAUGUCUAAUAGACCAGAAAGAGGGAGCUGCACUCAGUUUGUGAAUCAAAGGAUGAACCCAGCUAUGGGAUAUGAAAACAUUCCAAAUUAUCAAAAUUAUCCUAUUAGGACAAUGCCAAGAGCAAGUGCUGAGAUGUUCCCUAGACAUGACUCUACUAGGGAAGUAAUGGAUUUUGCUGCCCAAAGCUUCAAAACCAUGUUGGAGUCUCAAAAUUCACAAUUUGGUUACAUGAUGGAUUGACAUAACAAACUCAUUUCAAAAUUGAUUGACAAAAUUCCUAGUUCGGACUCUUCAGAGUAAAAUUAUCAAGAGCUUUCUGUCAGAAUAAAAGCAGGAGCGGCAACAAAAAUCUUAAGAACAAAUUAAUUAACGUUUUAAAUAAAAGUAG